GAGUCCGAGAAGUAUCCCGUUAGCUUGUGACUCCAUGAUUGCCCUCCCCGGAUCUUUUCUUAUAAAUUAUAAUGCAAAAACUCUGCAUCUUCAAUUAUAUUCACUCGCAAGUCGCAAUGGAACCCCAAUCCAACACCUCUUCCGUCUCUCAUUCACAGUCUCUCUUUUCAUCCCUAGUGCUGCUUCUGGCCUUCUUGAUCUUGAACUUCCUGCUAAUCUGGAAAUUAACCAAGUUGGCCAUAAAGAGGAAGAAGAAUAAUAAAUACCAUCCAGUGGCGGGAUCCAUCUUCCAUCAUCUUGUGAACUUUAGAAGGCUUCAUGACUUCUCCACUGACCAAGCUCACAAGCACAAAACCUUCAGGUUGCUCUCACCUCUGCGCAGUGAGGUUUAUACUGCUGACCCAGCCAUUGUGGAGUACAUCCUCAAGACUAACUUCUCUAACUAUGGCAAGGGAGAAUACAACUAUUGCAACAUGAAGGAUCUCCUUGGUGAUGGAAUUUUUGCGGUAGAUGGUGUGAAAUGGCAGCACCAAAGAAAAGUAGCUAGUAUUGAUUUUUCAAGAAGGAUUUUAAGAGAUUAUAGCACCCAAACCUUCAGAGACAAUGUGAAGAAGCUUGCUGUUCUGAUUUGGGAAGCUGCAAUCACAAACACUAGAAUUGAUAUCCAAGACUUGCUCAUGAAAUCAACCAUGGAUUCAAUUUUCCAAGUUGCAUUUGGAGUGGAACUCAAUUGCAUCACUGCAUCUAAUAGAGAAGGGCGGGAAUUUGCUGAGGCUUUUGAUGAUGCAAGUAACCUGAUCACAUGGCGUUAUGUUGACAUCUCGUGGAAAAUCAAGAAGCUCUUGAACAUUGGAUGUGAAGCUGUGUUGAAGAAAAAAAUUAGAAUAGUGGACAAAUUCAUCUACAAAAUUAUCUCUAGCAAGAUUGAACAGAUAUCCAAACUGCAGCAUGAUUCAGAAUUAAAGAGACAAGAUAUGCUGUCAAGAUUUCUCUUAGAGAGUGAGAAGGAUCCAGUAAAUAUCACGCCUCGGUAUUUGAGAGACAUCAUAUUGAAUUUCAUGAUUGCCGGCAAAGAUACGACAGCAAUCACACUCUCAUGGUUUAUUUACGUGCUCUGUAAGAAUCCCCACAUUGAAGAGAAAAUAGCCGAAGAAGUGAUGACAGCCACUAAAGAAUUUGGUGAAAAUGUAUCCAUUAGUGAAUUCGCUGAAAAGAUGACAGAUGAAAUCAUCAAUAGUAUGCACUAUCUUCACGCCAGCUUAACAGAGACUUUGAGACUUUAUCCCGGAAUUCCCUUGGACCCAAAGAUAUGUUUCAGUGAUGAUACUUUACCAGACGGUUUCAACGUGAGGGAAGGUGAUAUGGUUGCUUACAUGCCCUAUGCCAUGGCCAGAAUGAAGUUCAUAUGGGGUAAAGAUGCGGAAGUUUUCUGGCCAGAAAGGUGGCUGGGUGAUGAUGGCGUUUUCACUCCUGAAAGCCCCUUUAAGUUCCCAGCAUUUCAGGCUGGUCCACGGGAAUGCUUAGGGAAAGAGUUUGCUUACCGUCAGAUGAAAAUAUUUGCUGCAGUGCUUGUGAGGUUCUUUAAAUUCAAGCUGGGCGAUGAGGAGAAGCCUGUUAAGUACAGAACCAUGCUCACUCUUCAGAUUGAUCAUGGUCUCCAUAUCCAUGCAAUCCUAAGGAAAUGAGUGUGCAUGAUCAGUAGAAAUGAAGAUUGAUGAACUUAUCAUGCCAGUUUCUGACUUUGAAACUUUUCUGUGUGAAACUUUGCUGCAAAGUUAAGUAUUAAUUAUCGCAUCUUAGAAUCAAUGCAAGGACUUGAUUUCCAGAUGCCCAAACAGAAGAUGACAAGAUGAUGUAAAAUUAAUAAUAAUAAGCUACAAUUAGAACUAGCAUUGUGGAUAUAUGAAGAAUC